GGCGUGGAGCUGAGGUGAUGGCCGCGCAGCAAGGGAUGCGGAACUCGGCUCUGCGGGUCCUGGAAGAAGCGUUGGGCAUGGGCUUAACAGCAGCUGCGGAUACCGCGGAAGCGGUGGCCGCCGAAGGCGCCUACUACCUGGAGCAGGUCACUGUAACUGAAGCAUCUGAAGAUGAUUAUGACUAUGAAGAGAUACCAGAUGAUAAUUUUUGCAUUCCAGAAGGUGAAGAAGAUCUGGCAAAAGCAAUUCAGAUUGUUCAAGAACAGGCUACAGAUACUUAUAUUUUGGAGCAGAAAACAGUUCUUCCUCCGAAGCAUGCAGUACCUGAAGUAAUAGAAGACUUUCUUUGCAAUUUCCUGAUUAAAAUGGGAAUGACCCGAACUCUUGAUUGCUUUCAAUCUGAAUGGUAUGAAUUAAUACAGAAGGGGAUAAUUGAACUUCGAGAUGCUGAGAAUGUUCCAGAUGUCUAUACCCAGAAUAUGUUUUUAGAAAAUGAGAACAAAAAUCUGAAGAAAGAAUUGAAGCAACACAAACAGGCGGCUGACAAGGCUAGAGAAGAUCUGCUGAAAACUCAGAAAGAACGUGAUUUUCAUCGAAUGCACCACAAGCGAAUAGUCCAGGAAAAAAACAAAUUAGUUAAUGAUCUCAAAGGGUUGAAGUUACAUUAUGCAUCUUAUGAGCCAACGAUAAGGGUGUUACAUGAGAAGCACCACACUUUACUGAAGGAGAAAAUGCUGACCUCCUUGGAAAGAGACAGAGCACUUGGGCAGAUAUCUGGACUUGAAGCAACAUUGCGUCACAUGGAAAUUGGGCGUAGUUACACUGUUCCUGAAAUCAGAGUUGGUCACAGUGGUGAAAGAGAAAAUGUACCAGAAGGUCCUACUCAGAAAUGUCUUCGUGAAGCCAGGGAACAAAACAAAUGUAAAACAAAGAUGAAAGACAGUACAAAGGAUUCAGAAUUUCCAGUAGAUAUAAAACCAGAUCCAAGCCAGAAUUUGUGUAAAGAAAAUCUUGGUCCAUCAAAAUUUGACUACAAGCUGAAUAACAUCUUUAGACUGCAUGAACUUCCAGUGAGCUGCAUCGCCAUGCAUCCGCGCAAAGAAAUCUUAGUGUCAUGUGGCGAGGACCGCCUCUGGAAGUUGGUGGGCCUCCCAGAAGGCAUAGUGCUUCUUACUGGAUUGGGCCACACAGACUGGAUUUCCGACUGUUGCUUCCAUCCCAGUGGGAACAAGUUGGCUACUUCAAGUGGUGACACUACAGUUAAAUUAUGGGACCUGUGUAAAGGUGAUUGCAUUUUGACCUUUGAAGGACACAACCAUGCAGUGUGGUCUUGCACGUGGCACUCCUGUGGCGAUUUUGUGGCUUCUUCCUCACUGGAUAAAACUAGUAAAAUCUGGGAUGUUAAUAGUGAAAGAUGCAGAUGUACCUUGUAUGGCCAUACAGAUUCAGUGAACAGCAUUGAGUUUUUUCCAUUCUCCAACACUCUUCUCACAGCUUCUGCAGACAAGUCCCUGUCUAUAUGGGAUGCAAGAACAGGUAAAUGUGAGCAUUCACUUUACGGUCACAUGCAUUCUAUCAAUGAUGCCAUCUUCACUCCUAGGGGUCACAUAAUAGCAUCCUGCGAUGCCUGUGGGGUUAUAAAACUAUGGGAUUUUCGAAAGCUCUUACCAGUUGUGUCCAUUGAUAUAGGUCCUAGUCCUGGAAAUGAGGUGAACUUUGAUUCAACAGGUCGAGUUUUAGCUCAGGCGAGCGGCAGUGGAGUUAUCCAUUUGCUAGAUCUUAAAUCCGGGCAGAUACACAAAUUGAUGGGCCACGAGAGCGAGGCGCACACAGUGGUGUUUUCUCACGACGGGGAGAGUCUGUUUUCCGGAGGCUCUGACGGCACGGUUCGAACGUGGUCUUGA